AUGGCUUUCGCAAUCAAUUGCAAGAUGAAGUUAUUCUUCAAGCAUUUUCCACUUCUUGUGCAUCUCAUUUUGCUGUCUGCUGAUAAGGCUCGAGGCGAAUUCCAUGGCGAAGAAAGACAGGCCCUCAUGGAUCUUGUUUCCGGUUUCAACAGCUCUUUCUUGCAUCACAAUUGGACUAAAGUAAUGUGCUUGGAUACUGACCCUGUAGCUCGUUGGUUCGGCAUCAAGUGUUUGAAUGGCAGAGUUACUGGAAUCAGUUUGGAGAAUAUGAACCUCACAGGAAAAAUCAGGCCAGAUGUUCUAACCAAUAUUCCGCUGUUGGUUGAACUUAGCUUGAAGAACAACUCAAUCUCAGGGCCAAUGAUGGAUUUCUCAAACAAUCCGAACUUGAUUAGGAUCGAUUUAUCAGACAACAGGUUUAGUGGAGAAAUAUCAUCGUCCCUUCUGAAGCUUGAUUCAUUAGCCUUCUUGCAUCUUCAAAACAACAACCUGAAUGGUUCAAUCCCGCCUUUUGAUCAGCCAGGCCGGUUGCAGUUUUUCAAUGUCUCUUACAAUAACCUUUCAGGGCCAAUCCCCAAUACCACCCUGCUUCAAUCAAUGGAUCCAUCUGCCUUUAUCCAUAACCAGAACUUAUGCGGUCCGCCUACAUCUACACCGUGCCCAACAAAUUCGUCCACUGACCCUAAUCCUGAUAACGGGAGCGAUCCGAAAAAACAUUCCAAGAAGUCUAAACUACCUCCAAUCUUGUGGGCUGUUAAUGUUGUUGUCCUGGUUGUUCUGCUCUUUCUCUUCAUUAUUUACUUCAAGAAGUACAGAAAGCUUAAGAAACAGGCGGUCGAAAAACAGAAUGCUGAAAUGGGAACUGAUGAUCAGAAUGUUAACAUCGAAGGUAAGGGAAAGAGGAUGACUGGCUAUGUGGAAGGAGAAUCAAAGGGGAAGCUUGUGUUUUUAGAUGGAGGAAUCCGUUUUGAACUGGAUGAACUUCUGAGGGCAUCUGCAGAAGGUUUAGGCAAAGGCAACUUUGGCAAUUGCUAUAAGGCCAUGCUUGAAAAUGGACCAACUGUAGUUGUAAAGCGGCUCAGGGAUUUGAAACCAUUAAGCAGCCAUGAAUUCAUGAAACAAGUUGGAAUCAUUGCUGAGCAAAAACACCCGAAUUUGAUGCCUCUUAUUGCCUAUUACUAUUCCAAAGAGGAAAAGCUGCUGAUUUACAAGCUUGCAUCAAAUGGAAAUGCCUAUAACCGACUCCAUGAGGGUAAGGGAAAACCGUCGCGGAUUCCAUUUCGUUGGAGCUCAAGGCUGGCGGUGGCUCGCGGCGUGGCUCGAGCUUUGCAACAUCUCCACAGCAACACCAAGUCAUCAAACGUUGCUCCACAUGGGAAUUUGAAGUUAUCCAAUGUGCUUCUUGAUGAAAAUGACGAUGUCCUUGUUACAGAUUAUGGUCUAACUACACUUGUAGCGGCUCCAUUAGCAGCGCAACGUAUGACAGCGUAUAAAUCACCCGAAUAUCAAAGCUCCAAGAAAGUGUCGAGAAAAUCUGAUGUUUGGAGCUACGGAUGCCUCCUGUUAGAACUCGUAACAGGGCGAUUGUCGGCCGAUUCAGCCCCGGCAGGAACAACUGCAGUUGAUCUUUGCAGUUGGGUUCAUCGGGCCGUGAGAGAAGAAUGGACAGCAGAGAUUUUCGACGUCGAAAUCGCAGUUCAGAGAAGUGCUAAUCACGGGAUGCUGAAAUUGUUGCAGAUUGCCAUGAAAUGUUGCGAAAGGUCCCCUGAGAACCGGCCCGAGAUAAAUGAGGUGGUGAGAGAAGUUGAAAGCAUAACAGUUGUGGCUGACUCAGAAGAUGAAGAAUUUUCAUCAAUGGAUCCAUCACUUACUGAUGAUUCCAUGUCUGCAACUUCUCCCAGAAUCCAUAACGAAUGA